CUCUCUAAAGCCCCUCUGCAUGGGGCAGCUGCAGAGUCAGCCCUAGGAGAGCCCAGAGCUGAGGGUGCAGUGCUGCCUGCUUGAGCUCCCGGCCACGCCUCUGAACCCCACUUCCCUGUGUCCUGUCCCUGGAGGGAGCCAGAUCGGCCAAGGCCACUGACCCGCCGGAGCCAUGGUGCACGGGCACAAAGGGGUCAAGUUCCAAAACUGGGCAAAGACCUAUGGCUGCUGCCCAGAGAUGUACUAUCAGCCCACGUCAGUGGAGGAGAUCAGAGAGGUGCUGACCCUCGCCAGGCAGCAGAACAAGCGGGUGAAGGUGGUAGGCGGUGGCCACUCUCCCUCAGACAUCGCCUGUACCGAUGGCUUCAUGAUCCACAUGGGCAAGAUGAACCACGUCCUCCAGGUGGACAAGGAGAAGAAGCAGGUGACCGUGGAGGCUGGUGUCCUCCUGGCCGACCUGCACCCAGUGCUGGAAAAGCACGGCCUGGCGCUUUCCAACCUGGGAGCUGUGUCGGACGUGACUGCAGCUGGUGUCAUUGGGUCAGGAACACACAACACGGGGAUCCGGCACGGCAUCCUGGCCACUCAGGUGGCGGCGCUGACCCUGCUGACGGCUGACGGCACCAUCCUUGAGUGCUCCGAGUCCAGCAAUGCCGAGUUGUUCCAGGCCGCGCGGGUGCACCUGGGCUGCCUGGGCGUGAUCCUCACCAUCACCCUGCAGUGCGUGCCCCAGUUCCACUUGCAGGAAACCUCCUUCCCCUCCACCCUGAGAGAGGUUCUCGACAACCUGGACAGCCACCUGAAAAAAUCCGAAUACUUCCGCUUCCUCUGGUUCCCACACAGCGAGAACGUCAGUGUCAUCUACCAGGACCAUACCAACAAGCCUCCCUCCUCCUCUGCCAACUGGUUUUGGGAUUAUGCCAUUGGAUUCUAUUUACUGGAGUUCCUGCUCUGGGUCAGUCAGAGAUGUGGUGACAACAGAACCCUGAAGAACUGGCUGGUGUUCGUAUCGGUCUGCAUGUGGCUAAGAAACGUUGCCACUUCAUGUCUAAUCCAGGUAUCGAAGGGGAUCAGCCCUCUUCAGAGGAGGGCAACGAGUUAUCAGCGUGUACCUAUAUCUGAGCACCCAAAACUCCGGAAGUUUGGGACAGUGGAAGAAGCACAGGCUAUGGACUCUGAUCCUGGCCCCCUCAUUUACCUGCUGUGUGACUUCAGCACCUUCCUGCCGGGCCUCGUGGGCUGGAUCAACCGCUUCUUCUUCUGGCUCCUGUUCAACCGGAAGAAGGAGAACAGCAACCUCAGCCACAAGAUCUUCACCUACGAGUGCCGCUUCAAGCAGCACGUCCAGGACUGGGCCAUCCCCAGAGAGAAGACCAAGGAGGCCCUGCUAGAGCUGAAGGCCAUGCUGGAGGCCCACCCCAAGGUGGUGGCCCACUACCCCGUGGAGGUGCGCUUUGCCCGGGGGGACGGCAUCCUGCUGAGCCCCUGUUUCCGGAGAGACAGCUGCUACGUGAACAUCAUCAUGUACAGGCCCUAUGGCAAGGACGUGCCCCGCCUGGACUACUGGCUUGCCUAUGAGACCAUCAUGAAGAAGGUUGGGGGGAGGCCCCACUGGGCCAAGGCCCACAACUGCACCCGGAAGGACUUUGAGAAAAUGUAUCCUGCCUUUCCAAAGUUCUGUGCCAUCCGAGAACAGCUGGACCCCACUGGGAUGUUCCUGAAUGCGUAUCUGGAGAAAGUGUUCUACUGAAGCAGAAGCAGAAAGCAAGCCCAGCCCCCGCCCCUCCCCAUUCCCAGGGCCCACCCGGAUGUGGUUGAAGGCUCAGUGGUCACGGCCAGACAGGGAACAGAACUUCCAUUCUCCCACUACUCCGCUCAGCACCCACAGCUGCUCUGACCCCACAAAUGAUGCGCCCACUCUGGACAGGAGCCUCUCCUCUCUUAUUUCGUUUAUUUUCACAGCAACUCCAGCCAGGAGGUGGCCUCAGCAGAAUUCAUAUGGGGCCCAAAUUCCCGCUGACAUCUCCUUUACCAGCACUCCCUUUUGCCAAGCCCACAAUCACCACAUCCUCUUUUCCCAGGAGAAAGAGAAGCCCAAAAUAUCAUGUUUGUCUAGAGGUCAAUGAAUAAGUCUUUCAUAGAUUUCACCAGCUGGCUGGGUAUGGCAUAGAAUUCCCACGGUCUGUAGCUUCAGGGAUUCCCUUGCCAAUUCUCUUAGGAAGGUGGUCUCAUUGGUGUGUGUUUGAGCAUGGAAGUCCUGUGUCUGUGCUCUGCUUUCUUUCCCCUUGAGGGUCUCUCAAAGGCUCAGGAGAGUGCCAUCUGUCCUGGCGACCACCCUCUUCCAAAUGAGUCCACCUGUCCUUCUGCUCUCCCAUAGGCCGACCUCCAGCAUGUGCAUUUCAGGGGACAUUCAGGGAGUGGGGCUCUCCUUGCCUUCUUUUAAAUAAAGACCAAGACUUGGUUUACUCUCUGCUCCCUCCUCUUCAUCUCUAAGGGAAUUCUUUGGGAACAAGGAGGCUCACAGAUUAGCUGGCUUCCCUCCUUGAGGUAACAGGUCUUGAAGUUGCCUGGAAAAUGCUCUCCAUAUUCCUUUAUAAACCUAGUUUGCCUCUGACCUACCACUCUUUGUGGCCACUCUUUCAUGGAGUAUUCAUUGAACAUCUACUGUGUGACAAGUCCUUUGGGGAAUUAAAGAAACCUAAGACAGGUUCCUGCCAUCAAGAAAUUUAUACUUAGGGAGGCAAGACGAAGAUGCAUAAGACUUUAAUAAUAGAAGGGAGAAUAUGAUGAAUGACAUAUUGAUAAGGACCUGUCAAACCUGCCUGGACAGAAGCUUCUCAGGGGCAGUGGCUCAGCCAGAAGGCCCAGGUCUGUGGCCUCAGGAGCAGGAAAAGCUCUGAAGCAGGACUGGUUACAUAAUUUUCAGGGCCCAGCACAAGAUGAAAAUUCAGGGCCUCUUAGUCAAAAAUUAUUAGGAAUUUCAAGAAGGUGACAGCAAAGCCUUAACCCAGGAGUGGGGCCUUCUGAGCAGUGCAAGGUGCACUCACACGAAGCCUGCCCUGCUCUUAGCGUGUAUUACAAGGAAAGGAAUUCCGGAUUGGUGAUGUACUGGAAAGAAAAGCAGCACAGGUUAAACGCCAAGGCUUUGGAGCUCACUGAGUCCAAAUCAUCUCCCUGGGGAUGAGGAAACAGGCUCAGAGAGGUAAAGGAACUUGUCCAGUGUCACACAGCAAGUUCAGAAAAGCAGUGUCUUCAAAGUUUUCAACCAAAGGUACAUCUCACAGUCUUACAUUUUGGAGAUCUUAUAUUUUAAUUAAAAAAAAAAAACUACGAAUUUUGCAUUCCAUUCCAUUAUGUAAUUAUGUUUUGAAAUGUUAAAUAGUACUUUAUUUCCAGAUCUUUAAAUGACAUUUCUGCUCCAGGAAGGAAUGCCAUGCGGGCCCUGUGGUUUUCUGUCCCGUGUUCCCUCACAUCUAUUGCAGUGGAGGACACACAUGGCACAAUGACUUAAGUCUGGAAUUUUGAGGUUCAGUAGAAUGUCAAUCCUGGAAUGCUGUGGCAACAGAAUGUUCCAGAAAUAGACUUUCUAAUCACCAGAGAAUACAGAUGCCAUUUUUGGUUCAGGCUUUUGAUAAAUAUAAUUUACUCUUCCUUUGAUCUGGGAUCUUUUGAUGCUCGAAGGUCAUCAUUACCAAAAAUUCUCGUCAUAUAGUCCCUUUGCUAUUCAGUGGUGUUUACUGAGCCCAUAAUUUGGGCUCCUUGGGGCAGCUCUGAUAUGGGUCCACUUUUUCUCCCCUUACUCGCCUCCUCCUUGCUACUUCUGCCCAGGUUCCCGGGGGCUGGGCCCCAUCUCAGCAGCACAGCCGGUGCCAGUGGUCUAAGCCUGAGGUAUCACGAGCCAGCUCUGCCCCCUUGUGGCAAACGCUCUAAUCGUCUCAGGAAACGUGCCUUGGAAAAUGGCGCUCUAAGAUUGGACCUCUAAUAGUGGACAAUUACCAGCUGUGUCUAAGAAGAAAUAGGGUAGACACUUAAUUAGCAUUUUCUAGGUUCCAGGGAACCUCAGGGACAGCUUCUGGCUCUGUCUUUUAAGGUGUAUGUAUGAGUUUCAAGUGGGUCACAAAAAAAAAAAAAAAAAAAAAACCGGA